CAAAGAUGAAACCUGCUUGACGUUGCAAUUUCCCAAGAAACAAAUUGAGGUCAUCAUCAUCGCCAUGUCUGGGCAACAAGAGCAUACGAACGGGGGCUCGUCUCCAGUUGAAGUUGCCUCGGCGUCGGGUAAAAAUCCCGUUCAGAUUAUUUUGACACCACCUACGCCAAUCGUUUCCGCUGGAAAUUUUGAUCGACGUGGGGAAGACACGUUCAAGGAGGUUCUCCCCGCAGUGUCUGAGGAGAAGGAGGUCGUUCAGAGGACGGAUGGCUACGAUGAGAAGGAAGUUUAUGCUGUGAGUGAGGGGCAUGAUGAGAAGGAGGUCUAUAUACCCGCCGCGGAGAAAGAGGUUUAUGAUCAUGGGCUUGAGAAGGAGGUGCACGACUUGAGGCUUCAUGAUGGACAUGACGAGAAGCAAAUCUAUGACCCAACCGAACGUAUUGCUCAAGCGCAGUGUAUUGACUCACCAGAGAAAGAAGUCCUCCCCCCAACAAACCAUGAGGAUCACAAAGGGUUCCACCAUCCAAACUACUCAACCCAGUCUCUACCAACCCAGGACAAAGAGAACGAAGCGUCUAUGGCGGUCCAGAAAUACAACAGCAACGUAAAUGAGAGAAGGGAGAGCAUAUCGACUGCAUCUACUGAGACAUCAGAGACGAAAGACAGCGCUGCCCGGGGUUACUACCAACGCCAUCUCAACAAGUGGAACCAAGCAGUUGACAAGAAGAAGAAAGCCUGGACGACAUUCGCCAACAAUUCAAGUACGACUAUGACGGAGAAGGCCAAUCAAAUCGACAAGGGACUCAAGGAUCGUUGUACGGCAUUCGAGAACGGCACUACAGCCAAGUUGAACCAGCUUGAUAGAAGUAUCAGCGACAGUGUUGAUCGAGCUGGUAAGAACGUCAAUACCAAGGUUGCGAAUUGGAAGACGGGUAUGGGAAACAUGAAGAGUCAGAGCAUGAGUAAUUUCAAGACAUUGGGAUCUAGAUGUCAGAUUGGUGCGAAGGAGGGGAAGGAAGAGAAGGAGACGCAGUGAUAAAGGUGUUUUUUGAAUCGCUUUGGAGCUCAGUUUCGAUUUCAGUUUAGUUUCGGGUUUUGUCUCUCGUCUCGUUUGCUCAUACACGAUAGCGCAUUCUUUUGAUCACAACAUUGUAAUAUAACUAUUCAU